AUGGGCAAUGAAUCGUCGACUCCGGUGGACGAGGCCACACCUCCUACCACUUUAUAUGCUCGUACCAUUGAGGCUGUCGCUGAUUAUAUCAAAGAGAAGGAUGUCAAGAAAAUCGUGGUCAUGACAGGCGCCGGGAUCAGUACCUCUGCUGGCAUUCCGGACUUUCGUUCCCCUGAUACUGGACUCUAUGCCAAUCUCGCUCGAUUGAAUCUCCCGUACGCCGAAGCAGUUUUCGACAUUGGAUACUUUCGCCGAAAUCCAUAUCCAUUCUAUACCUUGGCUCAUGAACUGUAUCCGGGCAAAUACCGACCGACCGUGACACAUUCGUUCGUUAGCUUGCUUCACAAGAAAGGAAAGCUGCUGAAACUCUUCACUCAGAACAUUGAUUGUUUAGAGCGCGAGGCCGGAGUUCCUGCGGACAAGAUCGUGGAGGCUCAUGGAUCUUUCGCCACUCAACGAUGUAUCGAUUGCCAGACUGAGUAUCCCGACGAUCUGAUGAAGGAAAUGGUUAGUAAGAAGGAGGUUCCACACUGUAUUAGAAAGACUUGCAAUGGGUUGGUCAAACCUGAUAUUGUGUUCUUUGGCGAGGCUUUGCCAGAGUCAUUCCACAUGAAUCGGAGUUUACCUGCCAGAGCCGAUCUGGCCAUCGUAAUGGGAACGAGUCUCACGGUCCAACCAUUUGCCAGCCUACCGUCUUUUGUGAGGGAGGAUACGCCUCGCGUUCUCAUCAACCUGGAAAGGGUUGGCUCACUUGGUUCGCGGCCAGACGAUGUGUUACUCCUCGGAGAUUGCGAUGAUGGUGUACGAAAAUUCGCAGAUGCGCUCGGUUGGCUCGAUGAGCUUGAGGAGCUUUGGGAGACGACCAACCCAGACAAGAGUCAGAGGGAGAAACAGGAGGCUUCCCUGAAGACUCGCCAAGAACAACUGGAGGAAGAGAUUGAAAAGUUGACAAAGGACAUUGAUGUCUCAUUAAAACUUUCAGGUGAGGCAAAUGAGAGACUCAGAGCUGAAUUGGAAAAGAACCCAACAUCCACCGGAGACGACGACACCAAAUCAUCCACCGAUUCCUUUGCCACCCCACAAACCCCUACGACGACUACAACUGCUUCCAACCUCGGUCAUGUCUAUCCUCAUCUGAAGGACGAGAAGCCGUCUCUUUGA